AAUUGCUGGGUUGUGCAAAUGAAGAUGGCUGAAUCAUGGGUUGGAAAGGAGGAGAAAAAUGACAAAGGUUCUUCACCCAAAGGCGGCAAUAUGGUGCAACAGAAAUCUAUUUUUGGAAGAUAUUCUGAUGCAGAAAUGUUGUCUCAGCUAAAAAGUUUUGCUCUUGAUCCUUGUAAUUCAGAAGUAUCAUGGGCUAAAAUUCGACCAUUGUGGAAUCAGACUCUUAGAGUGAGAAAAGUAAUGGCCUUAUGUGAUACUGCAUUUCCCCGGGACCUAGCAGAGUUUGGGCACUUGGCUAAAUUUGGAUUUGAAAUAAGGAACUGUUUUGAUGUUGUGGACAGCAGCCCAAGAAAAAGUACAAAAACAGAAGAACAGAAGAAGAACAAGAAGAAGAAAAAGAAAUCUGAGUCCUACUGCAUUCAACCUUGGAUGGGUGCAUCAAGCAAGAAAAAUCUCUAG